AUGGCACCAAUUGACCGGUGUCUGGCCUCCGUGGCCAGGCUGACGCUCUCACAACCCUCAAUACGGCCGGCGGCGCCGCUGAUACCCCGAUUCCUUGCGCCGGCGCUGAUACAGUCUCGACAAGCCUCAGUGGUGCGGACAAAGAAGGUGAAGAAGAAGGCUGUGCCAAAGGACUUUAAGCGACACAACCUGGAGAAGAGGGAAUUUCCACAGUUUACACUAUGCGAUGCUAUGCGGGUUCUCCGAGCCGUGGAAGUCGGCCAGCCUCCGGCUUCGAUCAAGUAUGAAAUCCACAUCAACCUCAAGACUGCGCGAAACGGCCCCGUCAUCAAGAACAGCAUCCGACUGCCGCAUCCCGUACAGAGCGACUGGCAAAUCGCCGUUAUAUGUCCCGAGGGCAGCGACAUCGCGACUGCUGCCACCGCCGCCGGCGCCGUGGCUGUGGGAGAGGAGACCCUGUUCGAGGCUAUUCGCCAGGAAAAGAUUGACUUUGACCGUCUGAUCUGCCACGAAAACAGCGAAAAGGCGCUCAACAAGGCCGGCUUGGGAAAGAUCUUGGGUCCCAAGGGCCUCAUGCCGAGCAAGAGGAUGAAGACGAUUGUAAGCGAUGUGGUCAAGUCCAUUCGCGACUCGGCGGGCGCUGCGGACUAUCGAGAGAGGCAGGGUGUCAUUCGCAUGGCCAUUGGACAGCUUGGCUACACGCCCGACCAGCUCAAGGCCAACAUCCAGGCGCUGUUGAAGAAGGUCAAGUCGGAAUGCGCUGAGAUUUCUGAAGAGGUCUCCAAAGAAGUGCACGAGGUCAUCUUGAGCACGACCAACGGCCCUGCGCUGAGUUUGAACGGCAGGCUGAAUGAUCCGGAGAGCGGAGUGACGGUCGAGGCGUUGUCAGGUGUCAUGUAA